AUGAAGGGAGACGGCAGUACGGACUCGCAUCUGCCUCCCCCCGACUACUCCUUGUCCCUCUCCGAUGCUUUUGCGGACGAAUCCCAGAGUGUCGUGCAAACGACUAGAGAGGAUGGCCGGAUAGACCUAGACACUAAAUCCAGGUUGUUUAAGACGCUAAGCAAAGUGGUCGCUCGUGAGCAAAAGCGUCACGACCAGGAAAGCCAUCUUGAAUGGGGUGAACCCCCCAAAUAUGAGCAGUUCGAUAGCAAGCAGUUCAACCUCAAACUGAACAUAGUGAUCCAAGUUGUGGGGAGUCGCGGUGACGUGCAGCCGUUCAUAGCACUCGGCAACGAGCUGGUACGUUGUGGGCACAGAGUACGCAUCGCAACACACGAUGUCUUCGCCGACUUUGUUCGCAAAUCAGGCCUGGAAUUCUAUCCUAUCGGCGGCGAUCCGGCUGAGCUCAUGGCGUACAUGGUCAAAAAUCCCGGGCUCUUUCCUAGCAUGCGAAGUCUUCGCGAAGGCGAUAUCCAGAGGAAGAGGAAGAUGGUUGCCGAAAUGCUGCAAGGAUGUUGGAGUUCUUGCAUCGAACCGGAUCCGGUCACCAUGCGACCCUUUGUCGCUGAGGCUAUCAUUGCAAACCCUCCAAGUUUUGCCCACAUCCAUUGCGCACAGGCUCUGGGUAUUCCAUUACACAUAAUGUUCACGAUGCCGUGGUCCAGCACAAAGGACUUCCCCCAUCCACUCAUAAACAUGGACCUGAAGAGCUCAACGGUGCCAGUAGGCACAGCAAAUUAUGUUUCGUACCUUGCAGUUGAGUUUCUGACUUGGCAAGGGCUUGGCGAUCUCAUCAACUCCUGGAGAGCAACUCUAGAUUUAGAGCCUAUUCCGAGUUCGGAAGGACCAAGAUUGGCUGAAACCCUAAAGAUACCGUUCACUUAUUGCUGGUCGCCAGCCCUUGUACCUAAGCCUGCUGAUUGGCCAUCUCAUAUAGGAGUUUGCGGGUUCUUCUUCCGAGACCCCCCUCAAUAUGAACCACCAAGAGAGCUAGCAGAUUUUCUGAAGAGUGGCCCGCCGCCUGUAUACAUUGGAUUUGGUAGCAUUGUUAUCGAAGACCCGGCAAAACUGACCAGAAUAUUACUUGAAGCCGUGCGAGCCUCGGGCGCUCGUGCGAUAAUCUCCCGCGGCUGGAGUAAGCUUGGUGAGAAUCAAGAAGGCGGCGACAAUGUGCUGUUCAUCGGAGAUUGUCCUCACGAAUGGCUUUUUCGACAAGUUGCUGCGGUAAUUCACCACGGAGGAGCAGGCACAACCGCUUGCGGCCUUCUAAACGGUCGCCCUACGACAAUAGUUCCGUUCUUUGGAGAUCAACCGUUCUGGGGUGCCAUGGUGGCUGCCGCAGGAGCGGGGCCGGAUCCAAUCCCUCAGCGUCAACUCAACGAGGAAAACUUGGCAGAUGCUAUCAAUUUUUGCCUUACUCCUGAAGCAUCUAGUGCCGCGCUCGUGCUGGCCCAGAAGAUGCAAGCUGAGUCAGGUGUCAGAACCGCGGUCGACAUGUUCCACGCUCAGUUACCGGUCACAGAAAUGCAAUGCGACAUUCUUAGAGAUAGGGCAGCGGCAUGGCGUUUCAAGAAAGGCAAGUUACAGCUCAAGCUGUCGAAGCUGGCUGCCGAGGUUCUAGUUGAAAACGCCAAAAUUAACGGAGACCAGUUGAGCCGAUACGACGCGAACCCAAUAGUCAUUGAUGUGACACGAUGGGAGCCAGUGACUGCCACGACUUCAUCGCUCGUCAGUACACUGAAAGGCAUGACGGUCUCGGCUACAGACAUCUUUGUCAAGCCAGUGCAGGCUUAUCAGACACCAUCUGGUAAGUCCGUGGAAGCUGGGCUUUCGAAAGGCGAUGAUGCAGCAUCUUUGCCGAGUCAAGAUGAGAGAAGCAAUCGUCACCUCCGGCCAGAUGUGCCGGAAGCAUCACGUUCUCGAAGCCGGUCGGGGAACCGCUUAGGAAAAGCCGUCUUAGGCUCAGCUUCGGGCGUGGGUGGUUUUUUCAAACAUUUCACCAAGGGCAUGUACGUGGACCUGCCUCUUGCAACCACGGAAGGUUUGCGAUCCAUGCCGAAAUUAUAUGGCGGCGAAGUCCGUGAGAUUGGCAAGGUCACCGACUGGAAGUCAGGUGCAAUUGUCGCUGGAAAGAACUUCAAAGACGGGAUGGUGGACGGGUUUACCGAUCUGGUACGCGAGCCCAUGAAAGGUGGUAAAGAGCAAGGCGCCUUGGGAGCGAUCAAGGGAGUGGGGAAAGGCUCAGCGAACAUGCUCUUGAAGGUAUCAUCUGGUGCUCUCGGUCUCGUUGCGUACUCUGGGCAGGGAAUCUGUAAGAGCAUCACGGCAGCAGUCAACACGGAGACUUGGCAUGCAAUCAAGAAGGCAAGACGCAACGAAGGGCGUCAUUUGGUUGCCUCUGGUGCCCAUGACGUGGAUCAGGUAGUUGUUCGGAUGUUUGAGGAUUUGCGAGGGCAUUAA